AUGAACGGUACGGACUGUCAAACGGAGCAGAUUGACUGCAGUUCUGAGGAGGGAUUACCGGAAUUUCCACUGAAUACUUCUGAUCUCAUCGUUAUAGGCAUGCUUGCCGUAUUCAGCGUCAUAGGCAUCAUAGGAAAUGGAAUUGUCAUUUUUGUGUACACGAAGAAAAAGGAUAAACUCACCUCGUCAGUUUUCAUUCUUGGGUUAGCAGUGUAUGACUUUUUGACCUGUUCUGUUAUUAUACCGUAUACUGCGUGUGUCUGCGUAUACCUUAGGUUUAUGAUUCUGUACGACGCUCUGUGUAAAAUUUACAUAUUUCUUCUGACCUUCAGCGUACCCCUGUCUGCAUUUUUAAUGGUGGUCAUUGCUGUGGACCGUUAUCUCUGCAUCUGCCACCCAUUCCUGCAUCUGUUGAAUAGAACUCGGGCAAGGACUGUUAUUGGCCUGUUGACAGUCUUUGCCUGUGUUCUGGGUACACUUAGCUGUAUAUCCUAUUCUGUGUACAUGUACGCAGAUUCAUCUCUUGGGGAUUUUUCAGACAGCACUGAAGAGAGACACAGUAAAGAUGGUAUCAUUCACCAAACUAUUUCGACACCGUAUCAUCAGGAAGAAUACACUGGUCAAUGUAAUUAUCCAGGAACAAUUGUGGGCAUGGCUUACUUAAUAACGUGGCAGAAAAUUUAUUCUUCGUUUUAUUUGAUACCCCUGAUAAUUGUGCUAUUACUUUAUACUAUGAUUUAUUAUUCCGUCACCCGACGAAGAUCAAACAGAAGAAAACAGAAGGCUAUGAAUAACAUUAGUCUUCAGACCUUUCUCAAAGAGCCCCCAAAACAAAACGCCCCAUCCCAAACACCGCCAUUUACUGCACUUUCUGCUAACGACAACAACAAAAACGCCAAAGAACAAAAGAUUUUGCAGGUGGAAAAAGUUGAAAAUGGCGUCUCUCCUCGACCAGUAGAAAAUGCAGACGAGACGUUGCCUGUACAGCAGCAACAGGCCCAUAAAAAUCCUCAUCACUAUAUCAAAGUUCAAGAUACAAUAGCAAACAUCAAGACAGCAUUUAUGUUAUUUAUUGUUGCUGUUGUUUUUAUCAUCGCCUUUUUCCCUACUUGGUUGAUGGCACUUGGUGCCGUUACGCACAACAACAUUGUUUUUUAUAUGUACUUUGUGUAUAAUGUUACUAAUCCUAUAAUUUAUGCCUUCAUGAAUCCAACGUUUAGAAGAGAUAUUAAAAAGAUAUGUCACUAG